UUUUUACAGGACUGAUGUCUCAAGAACCUUUAAAUAUUGAUGAGUCCUUGGAAGUGGAUGACAAAGCACCCUUGUGGAUCUACGUGAAGAAAAUUGAGAAGUUACCUGGAGGAGGAUCAUGGAAGUUUGAAUGCAAAUUCUGCAGAAAUUCAUACGUUGGUUCUCAUAGUAGAGUUUUGACUCAUCUUCUGAAAGAGGGAAAAGGAAUCAAAGGAUGCUUGAAAGUUACUCCUCAGCAAAGAGUUAACCUGAAAAAAUUAGUUGAUGAUUGCAAGGAGAGGAUAGAACGUGCAGCUACUAAACCAGUUCCACUUCCUUCAUCAUCAAGGAACAUGUCUAGUUCUUCUCUUGAUUAUGAUAUGAGCUACAAAGUUCCUAAUGCAACUGAGUCUGAUCCAAAGAAGAGAAAGGGUCCUUUGGAAAAAGCAUUUAAUAAUGAAGCUAGGGAGCAGUGCGAUGGUGAAGUAUCUAGGAUGUUCUACACUGGUGGUUUGUCUUUUAACCUUGCAAGAAAUCCUCAUUACCGCAAUUCAUAUGUGCGAGCUUCCCAAAUUCCAGGAUAUGUUCCACCAGGGUAUAAUGCAUUGAGAACUACACUUCUUCAGAAGGAAAGAAAGAAUAUUGAGAUGCAUUUACAACCUUUGAAGAACACUUGGAAACAAAAAGGAGUGAGUAUAUGCAGUGAUGGUUGGUCAGAUCCACAACGAAGACCAAUAUUUAACUUGAUUGCUGCAAAUGAGAGUGGUCCAUUGAUGUUAAGGGCGAUCAAUACUCAUGGUGAGAUAAAAACCGGUGAGAUGAUUGCAGAGCUGAUCAUAGGAGGCAUAAAAGAGGCAGGGCAUGAAAAUGUGGUCCAGGUUGUCACUGACAAUGCUUCAAAUUGUGUAAAAGCCGGUGCACUUAUUUCAGCAAAGUUUCCUACUAUUUUCUGGACACUGUGUGUGGUUCAUACUUUGAACCUUGCUCUGAAGAAUAUAUGUUCACCACUACUGAGCACAAGAAAUAAUGAAGAGGUGUAUGAUGCUUGUUACUGGAUAAAAUCUCUCAGUGAAGAUGUGAAUUGGAUCAAAAAUUAUAUUAUGAAUCAUGCAAUGAGGCUUGUAAUGUUCACUGAGCAUUGUGAUCUUAAACUCCUCACAAUUGCUUCUACAAGGUUUGCGUCCACCGUUGUGAUGCUAAAGAGAUUCAAAAAAAUAAAGACCGGGUUACAGCAAAUGGUGAUCAGUCCUAAAUGGGAUGAUUAUAAAGAAGACGGUGUAGAGAGAGCAUCUGCUGUGAAGAAAAAGAUAUUAGAUGAGAUGUUUUGGGAGGAGCUUGAAUAUGCUUUAUCUUUCACUUUGCCCAUCUAUAGCGUAAUUAGAGCUGCUGAUACUGAUAAACCUUCUCUUCAUUUGGUUUUUGAAUGGUGGGAAAAUAUGAUUCAGAAUGUCAAGAAAGCUAUCUUCAAAAAAGAAAGGAAACAACUUAAUGAAGAUUCAGUCUUUUGGAAUGCGGUGCAUUCGGUUUUGACUUCUCGCUGGAGUAAGAGUAACACUCCUCUUCACUGUAUGGCACAUUCUCUUAACCCCAAAUAUUAUAGUUCGGAGUGGCUUGCAGAAGAAGACAGUAGAAAAGUUCCACAUCAAGAUUUGGAUGUUACCAGAGAGAGAAAAAAUUGUAUCAUGAAGUAUUUUCCAAAUCAAGAUGAAAGGAGAGAGGUUAACGUUGAAUACUCUAAUUUCUCUUUAUGCAUAGAGGAUUUUGGUAGUGUUGAUGUGAUCCAUGAUAGGUUUAUCUUGGAACCUUUGACAUGGUGGGCCGGCUAUGGAUCUUCGGCACCAAAACUCCAAAUCUUAGCAUUCAAGUUACUUGGACAGCCAUCUUCAUCUUCCUGUUGCGAAAGGAAUUGGAGUACAUACAAGUUCAUUCAUUCUGCAAUAAGAAACAAGAUUGUUCCCCAAAGAGCUGAAGAUUUGGUAUUUGUGCACACUAACCUCCGCCUUCUAUCAAGAAGGAGCUCUGCUUACAAGGAAGGUCCUAGCAGUAUGUGGGAUGUUGGAGGUGAUCAAUUUGAUUCACUGGAUGAGAUUAAUCUCGGAAGACUUGAGUUUGAGGAUCUUUCUCUUGAUGAACCAGAGUUGGAAGCUGUUUUGUUUGGUGGAGAUGCUGAAAAUGAGAUCGACGAUGAGCUUGAUAUUUGAGUUUGAAGUUUAAACUUUAUUUUUUCUGAGUUUUUCUUUGUUAACUUUCAUGUUGAACUUUAGUAUUUAAGUUUUAUGUGUUGGAUUUUCAUUAUUAA